AUGAAUUUGAAAUAUCGUAAAGACCUUGCUUUUACCGUGGCAUCUUUCUAUCUAAGGGUCGUUGGCUUUUGGUUAACCACCAGUCGCCUGGAAGAAUGGUUCAGAAUUGGCGUGAUCGGGUAUACUAUACUUGCGAUCACAUUCUCUGCAUGGGUUCAAAUAAGAGGACUUUAUUUCAAUUGGGGAGACUUUAGCGCCUGUACUUACAUCGCAUGCGAUGGUUUGGGACUCGUCAUGGAUUUCUUCAAAAUUUUCAGCCUAUUCAUAUAUCAGAAAAAGUUUCUUGGUUUAAUGACAUACAUGCAGAAAAAUUUCUGGCAUUACAACUACGAUGAAGAGGAAAACUUAAUCGUGAAAGAUACGAAGAAAAUAACCGCGUAUUUCGUCUGCAUUCUCACAUUUUCUUCUUUAUCUUCGAUUUUCAUGUAUAUGUUCAGACCAUUGUUGACAAAUAUUGGAAGAAACGAAACAGAUAGGAUACUUAUAUUUAACAUGUAUCUGGACCUGCCAUUGUCUAUUUCACCGUAUUAUGAAAUUGCAUACACGAUACAGAUCGCUGCUUUAAACCAGGCUGGUAGUUGUUACUUUUGCUUCGACAAUAUAUUUUGCAUCUUGUGCCUGAACGUAGCUUGCCAGUUUCGUAUAUUACAAUACAGAAUAGCCAAUGUGCCAAUUUUAAAAAUGAAAGAAAACCUCGACACGAGAAAAAAUUGUUCAGACGAGUGUUACAACGCGUUUAAAAAUUACAUUCAACAGCAUCAAGCUCUCCUCGAUUUCUGCGAAAUCCUCGAAGAGAUAUUCACAAUAAUCGUGAUCGGGCAAAUAUUAAUGUUCAGUAUAUUAUUCUGUUUCCUUGGAUAUCAAGUGAUCUUGGCAGAUCUCACCCCCUCUUAUCGCAUCUCCUUCAUAUGUUACCUAUUCGCCGGUAUGUGCCAGUUGUGGAUGUUCACGUACAGUUGUGAUUGCAUAACGCAAGAAAGCGCGAAAAUAGCUUCGGCCGUGUAUACCUCACCAUGGAUGAAUCUACCGAUGGAUAAGUUUGGGAAAAUGUUACGACAAGAUUUGCAAAUUGUCGUCAUGAGGGCAAGAAAAGCUUGUUGCCUGACCGCGUGCGGUUUCUUUCCCAUAUCCCUUGAGACUUACACCAAAAUCAUGAGUACCACAAUGUCAUAUUUCACUUUGCUGAAACAACGAACAGUAGACACAUAAUUCCUCCAAUUUUCAAUUACGCGAGUUUAUCAAGUGUCCUGUUAUAUAAAUCGUUUAAACAAGAAAGCAGCAAUGAUUAAACAAAAAAAAAAAACAAGAAAUGUGCAUAAUUUUAAUCAAUUCUAUACUAUGUUAUUCAAUGACAAUAACGUAUAAUGGACUGAUUUAAAACUUUCAAGUAAGUUUUUGAGUAAGUAAAUUUCAUUAAUUAACAAAUUAAAAUUUUUGUCUUGUAAUACAUUCAAAAUUAUUUUUUUAAUUUCAUUAUUUUUUAAACUAUU